AUGUCUACCUGGCGCCCCGGCAAACGGGUAGCCAUCGCAGGCGGUGGUCCGGGCGCCAUAUCCACAGCGCUGGCUUUCAUCAAACGUGGCUAUGACGUACGGGUAUUCGAGCGCCAGACUGAAUGUCGCGCUCUCGGAGGCGCAGUCCUCCUCUCUAUUCCUGUGCUUGCAAUCUUGCGUUCCUAUGGAAUCAGCCUCGAGAACUUCGGAUCUUACACGUCGACCUACUUCAAGAACAAGUGGGGCAAGGAACGGGCCCUGCUGCCAUUUAAUGCCGAAGUCGAAAGACGGAUGGGAAUCAAGGGCUGGCAGUAUGGCGUCUUGCGAUCAUCCGCUUUUCAGAAAAUGCUCGACCUCGUCCCGGAGGGCGUCAUUUUCUGUAACCACGAAGUGACGGGAUACGAGGAAGUUGAGGGUGGGGUGAAAGUCAAGUUCAAGGAUAGCAACACCGCACCAGUAACGGCCGAUAUACUGAUCGCAGGGGAUGGCAUUCGAUCUGCCGUUUCGCGUCAGGCAUUCGGUGAUCCCCAGCUAUUCCACACGGGCAUCCGGCUAUGGCUCGCGUGGUGUGAUCACAUCCCUGGGAUACCUGCCAACACUGGUGUCAUCUCGCAUGACUGGCAAUAUCAGGCUAGCUUCUUCCCUAUGCUGCAUGAUGGAAAGCCAGGGUUCGAGUGGUGGGUUGUCGAGCCGGCCUGGGAAGGAAAGCAGCUCCCCGACGAUCCCAGGGCCCAUGUAGAGAAAAUCCUGCAGGGCUGGUCGGAUCCCAUGCCGCAGCUGGUGGAGGCUACUAAUUUCGAUACGCAGGUGUAUCGAUGGGAUAUCUACAAUCGGCCCUCGAUGAAGAAGUGGUCUACUGGGAGGAUUGUGGGUAUCGGGGAUGCGGUGCACCCUGUUUCGCCGUAUGCGGCGUACGGAAUGGGUAUGGCUAUUGAGGAUGGGUAUUUCCUUGCGAAGGCGCUGGAUGGAGUAGAUUUGAGGGAUGUGAAGGCUGUCAAUGCAGGAUUUGAGCUGUUCGAGAAGCAGCGCGUCGAUUAUGUGAAUCAUCAUAUGGAGUUCGCUCGGUUUACGAGUAAUAUGUUCCAUAGCUUACCUUGGCCGUUAGCAAGGCUAAGGGACUUGGUGUUUGAUUAUACGCCGUUUUUGAAGGGGUUACUGCAGAAGGAGUAUUUGAAGAGGGCGGAGGAUGAGACGAUGAAUCUCAAGGAAUUUCAUGUUGUUUAG